AUGGAGAGAAGAAAUACUGAUGAAAGCAGUAGCAGUAGUAAAAAAGAAGGAAGUAAUAAACAGACAACCGAAUUUCCUACUCGAGGAUACUAUGCUGAGCUAUUGGCGGAUUUAAACUAUGCUGUUAAACAAAAAAAGCUGUACAUAGGAGCGCAUAAAAGAACAAAUUUUUUAUGGCAAAUAAAAACAGAAGCUCACGCCCCGAUCCUUCGCCAGUUUGUCCAGCCGGAAAGAAAAGCAUUUCUAGCCCCCGCAGAAAGAUGGAUGACCUUCGAUGAGGAUAAACAUAUCAGCUUUCCCGUGGAUACAUUUAAGCCUAAAGUCCAGCUCCAACACGAAGUUGAACCGAAAACUCUUCCUAGAAACGUGGCUAUAGAAAGAAGGCGACGAGAGUACCAGGGCCAACGUCUGAAAACAGUGUUGGACAAAAGGCGCAUAGAGCUGAAAGAACUCCUGCCCAUAGACGUUCUGAGAACUUUAAUAACUUCAAAACACGAAAUAUCCGGCUUAUACUCCUGGACCCCCUUCUUGCCCCUCGAGUUGUUCGACAACGAGGACUACGACAUAAGGACCCCCGAGAGUUGGCUGGACCACGGCAUGAUCGACGGGGUCAAAUACCCCCUCCCCGGGGAAGCUCUCGUACCCAACGCCGAUUUUCAGCCGGAAUACGACAUUCCCCUGGAAGACAUCUAUUGUUGGGUGAAUGUCGCCGUCACCGACUACAACUUCGAGACGAAGAUGUGGUCGGUCCUCACCCUCGACGGCCUCCAGAGGACCUUCGAGUUGCCUAGGUUGCGUGUCAUGUUCAAGGCCGAGGACCCGGCCAACUUCGCUCGGAGGAUAUGGGAGGCCAUCGUAGUCCGGUUCGAGACCGAGAACAAAAUCAGGUACGAUUUUUUCUUGGACUGUCUAUGUUUGAGCGACACAGCCUCGCUGAGUCGUGUACAGAUGGAAAAAAUUCUUUUACUGGUCUCCAGAGCACAGCUCCAUAACAAAAGGGCUGAGAACAGGGAACUUUUGGAGACGCUGAAAGAAGAAAUUGGGGUGUUCCAUAAGAGGACCAUAGCUGAACUGGAGUUUCGACACAUUUGUGAAAAACACGGGGAUCACACUUACUUGAGAUUGCCUGAAUUAGAACCGGCUCUCAAGCCACACCGCGACAUCAAAACGGGGAUGAGGAACUUCAAGAAGAUGCGGGACUACUUCAGGUGGUACAACAUCUACGUGAUACCAGAGACGUACAUAGCCAUGUCCUCCGUGGUGGGGGAGUGCCUGAAAGUGGGCCAGAUGACCCUCUUCAAUGCGAACUACGGGGGAAGGGCCCUCGUCCUGGAGGAAUUCGAAUCGAUCCAGACGCGUCACAAUUUUUUUUCAAAGGUGAUAAAGCAGCUGACGGGUCCCUGGCUCGAGACGUUGGUGUUCAACAUCAGGAUGUCCCUGGGGGACCUGGGGAAGGGGUGGUUCGAUCUGAACGUGAAGGUGUUUCGCACCUACGAGAUUUCCAAGCUGAAGAGGUUGAUGGAGUUGAUUAAAUUCAGGAUGCAGCAUAGCCUGCGGCUGCUGGUACUGAACUCCCUGAACACGUUCGCGAAUCUCGUGGAGACCCCCUGCGCCCCCUGCCUCAACGUGGAGGAGGACUUCGUCUGGGGGUCCUACCUGAAGGCGAGCCCCUUCGUCCCUAAAUGCCCGCCGCUGUUCAGCCUCCAGCUCAAGAUGGACGAGCACGGGCCCUUUUACACCACCCCCACGGUGAACUUUGGGAAAGUCCUACUGAAACUGUUCGACAACGCCAUAAGGCAGACCCACCAGAUCAAGCAGGUCCACCCCUUCCUCCUGGGCAACCUGCGGUUCCCCAAGGACCUCAACCUGUCCUCGGUGGGGCUGCUGGCCGACGAGGUCUGCGAGAGUAGGGAACGCUUCCUCUUGGCCUACGAGAAGUCUCUUAUACCUCUGCAUGCGUAUGCUAGAGAAUAUAAGGCGCACGUGAAUCUGUACACGUUGGAUGUGCUCCAGUACAUCGAAAACUACAAGAGCGAACAGCACACUGCGGUCGAGAUCAAAGACGAGGUGUCCCUGCACUUCAGGCAGAGGGACAGCCUGGAGGUUACGCUGCCCACGACUAUCGUCAUAGGACCUUUCCUGAUAUCCAUAGACCACCUGAGGACGUACCUCAUUACGAAACGUCAGGAACUGGCGCAGAAAUUGCUGGACAUGUUCGCGGCGAGGCUCAGACAAGCCAUGGUGGAGGUUUUGGAAGAAUACAAGCUAAUCAUGUCCAAGUUAUUCGAGAGACCGGAGUCAAUCGAACAUAUCUUCGAAAUCCGGGACUGGAUGGAGACCAUUCCCAUGUCCGUGAGGACUCAAGAGGAGCUGUGUAAGAGGUAUUUGCUGGAGUACGAGAUUUUGGAUCAUUUCUGGUACGCUCUUCCCAAUGACGACUUCGAAAACAAGUACGAGGCGAUAGCGUGGCCCUUUAAGAUCCAGCAGCAGAUCGAAGGGACGGAACUGUUCCUGAAGGAAGAGGAGGAGAGGUUCUUGAAGCUGCAGAUCAACGACGAGCAGUCUUUGACCGAUAAGAUAGACACCCUUACCGCCCAAGUGGUGCAGAUGUCUCAGAUCAGGGAUUUCUCCAAGAUUCACGAAACGGCCGUGGAUAUGAGGCGCGUAUGGAAGACCAUGAAGGAGGCCCAGGAACAAGGCCAACUGCUGAACCAAAGGCAGAAAAUGUUCGGAGUGCCCAUAGUUCCAUUCGACAAUUUGACCAAACUUAUAAGGGAGUUCGAACCGUACAAGAACCUGUGGGGCACCGCGUCAGACUGGUUGCGUUCUUACGAGAUGUGGAUGGACAAUCCUAUACUGAACGUCGACGCAGAUUCCAUCGAGUCCUGCACCACGGAGAUGUACAAGAUGAUGGUGAAGCUGAUCAAGGUGUUCGCCGACAUCGAGGCGGUACAGAGCGUGGCAGUUCAGAUCAAGAACGAGAUUGACGACUUCAAGCCGCUGAUACCGCUCAUACAGAGCCUGAGGAAUCCGGGGAUGAGGCAGCGCCACUGGCACAAGUUCGAGGAGGAGACUGGUAUCACGUUGAUGUGGACUCCGAUAAUAACCUUCAACGACUGCCUUUCUCUUGGGAUAAGGGAGCACUCGGACCUGAUAAUUAAAAUAGCCGAGUCGGCCAGCAAGGAAUACUCAAUAGAGCAGACCAUGAAUAAGAUGAAGGCCGAGUGGGAGAGCAAUCUCAUGGAAUUGAACCCUUACAAGAACACAGGCACUUAUAUCAUGAAAAUAUCGGACGAGAUCCAGCAGAUGCUGGACGACCACAUCGUGCUGACCCAACAGAUAUCCUUCAGCCCCUUCAAGGGUCCGUUCGACGAUGACAUUGAUGAAUGGGAGGAGAAGUUAAGAAUCACCGCCGAGGUGAUAGAGGAAUGGAUGGACGUGCAAAAACAAUGGAUGUACUUGGAGCCUAUCUUUACCAGCGCGGAUAUAACCAAGCAGCUACCGGUGGAGAGCAAGAAGUACAACUCGAUGGAAAGGACGUGGCGAAGGAUUAUGAGGAACGCGCACGACACUCCGAAUAUUAUAGAGUAUUGCGGGGACAGGGCGCUGUUGGAAAGUCUCAGGGAUUGCAACCACAUCCUCCAGGUGGUCCAGAAAGGCCUAUCCGAAUACCUGGAGGUCAAACGUACCGUGUUCCCGCGACUGUACUUCCUCAGCGACGACGAGUUGCUGGAGAUCCUCUCCCAAGCCAGGAACCCGCUGGCCGUGCAGCCUCACCUGAGGAAGUGCUUCGAAAAUAUCGCGAGGUUAACGUUCGAAUCGGACCUACAAAUCACCGAAAUGUUCUCCGCCGAAGAGGAGUGCGUGUCCCUGGAACCGAAACUCUACCCCGAGGGCAACGUGGAGAAAUGGCUGGUCCUGGUGGAGAGCUCCAUGAAGAACACGGUACGCACAACGCUCGGCAAGUCCCUGGACGACAUGGACGGAAAGGAGCGCAAGGCCUGGGUCCUCUGCUGGCCCGGCCAGGUGGUCAUCGCCUGCAGCCAGGCGUACUGGACCGCCGGCGUCGAGACCGGCAUCAGGACGGAAUCCCUGGAUUACUUCCUGGAGAAGGUCCUCCUGGUGAACCUGGACGACCUGAGGAGUUUGGUCAAGGGUUCCCUGACUUUCCUCCAGAGGGAGAUCCUCUCGGCCCUUAUCGUUAUAGAGGUUCACUCCAGGGACGUGACCCAGAAUCUGGUGGAUUCGCAUAUCUUCAACGUGAACGACUUCGACUGGAUCAGCCAGCUCAGGUAUUACUGGGUUGGAGAAGACAUGAAAGUUCGAGCCGUCAACGCGGAGUUCCAAUACGGAUACGAGUAUCUGGGCAACAGCGGACGUUUGGUCAUAACUCCUUUAACCGACAGGUGCUAUUUGACCCUAACCGGGGCCCUUCACCUCAAGUUCGGCGGCGCUCCCGCCGGUCCCGCGGGUACCGGGAAAACCGAAACGACCAAGGACCUGGCCAAGGCGAUGGCCAUCCAGUGCGUCGUCUUCAACUGCUCCGACCAGUUGGACUUCAUGGCCAUGGGCAAGUUCUUCAAGGGUCUGGCCAGUUCGGGAGCUUGGGCCUGCUUCGACGAGUUCAACAGGAUAGACAUCGAGGUGCUCUCUGUGGUAGCGCAGCAGAUAGCCACGAUCCAGAAGGCGCAACAGGCGUGCCUGGACCGCUUCCUCUUCGAGGGGAGCGAGAUAGUCCUCAAGCAGUCGUGCGCGGUCUUCAUCACCAUGAACCCCGGCUACGCCGGCCGCACCGAGCUCCCCGAUAACCUCAAGGCGCUGUUCAGACCGGUGUCGAUGAUGGUGCCCAACUACACGCUGAUCGCGGAGAUAUCGCUCUUCUCGUUCGGGUUCAGCAACGCCAAGCAGCUGGCCAACAAGAUAACCACCACGUUCAAGCUGAGUUCCGAGCAGCUGAGCAGCCAGGACCACUACGAUUUCGGGAUGCGAGCCGUCAAGACGGUGAUAGCGGUGGCGGGGAACCUGAAGCGCGAGAAACCGAACAUGGACGAGAGGCAGAUCGUGUUGAGGGCGUUGAGGGACGUCAACGUGCCCAAGUUCCUCAAGGAUGAUUUGAUUUUGUUUAACGGUAUAGUUUCCGACCUGUUCCCGCGUAUGGUGGAGGAAGCCAUCGAUUACGGGGUGCUCGAACAGUCGAUCAGAGCGUCGUGCCUCAAACUGGGGCAGGACGACGUCAACGAUUACGUGAAGAAGGUCAUCCAGCUGUACGAGACGACGGUCGUGCGGCACGGGCUUAUGCUGGUAGGCCCGACCGGCUCUGGGAAAACAAAGUGCUACGAGAUCCUGAAGAACGCGAUGACGGCCCUAAAGGGCAAGCCCCAGCCCAGCGGGUAUCCCUUUAUGCCGGUGCACACGUACGUGAUGAAUCCCAAGUCGAUCACCAUGGGGCAGCUCUACGGGGAGUUCGAUUUGCAGACGCACGAGUGGACCGACGGUAUACUCCCGUCGCUAGUACGGCUGGGCAUCAACGCCGACGACAAGGACAAGCGCUGGUACAUCUUCGACGGCCCCGUGGACGCGGUGUGGAUAGAGAACAUGAACACCGUGCUCGACGACAACAAGAAAUUGUGUCUGAGCAGCGGGGAGAUCAUAAAGCUGCGGGAGGGCAUGACGAUGGUGUUCGAGGUGGCCGACCUGGCGGUGGCCUCUCCGGCGACGGUGUCCAGGUGCGGGAUGGUGUACCUGGAGCCGGGGGUGCUGGGCCUGAGGCCGUUCAUCACCUGCUGGGCCAAAAGGCUGCCCGAGUUAGCUAAACCCUACGCGGAUGACUUUAAGAAGCUUUUCGAUCACUACGUCUUACCGGCCAUAGAGUUCGUAAGGAGUAGUUUGAAGGAGAUACUGACGUCAGUGGAUUCCGCUUUACUAAUUUCGUUCUUGCGCCUCAUGGACUUCAGGCUGGGGCCGCUGGCCGGCAGGGAUAAUAAGCCGCCUCCUUCAACGCAGUACCUGGCUUUGAUACCGGGUCUCCUGACCCCGUGGGUGAUAUUCUCGUUAGUUUGGAGCAUCGGGUGCACUUGCGACAAUGACGGACGCAUCCGAUUCGACCAGUGGCUUAAGGACAAGAUGGCGAUAAAGAAGUCCUCCUUUCCCUCCGACGGUCUCGUGUACGACUACAAAUUGCACGACGGGGGCUUUACAGAUCCCACUUCUGACAACGAGCCGGCCCCGCCGACUUGGAGGAGCUGGCUGGAAAACAUCGAGCAGUACAAGAUCACUGCGGACAUGAAAUACUCCGACAUAGAGAUCCCCACCGUAAACAACAUACGUAACGCCGAGCUAAUGGGUAUUAUUCUUUACAACGAGAACAACGUGCUAUGUAUAGGACCGACGGGCACAGGGAAGACGCUCACCGUUAUAGGGAAGCUGAGCAGGAAUAUGCACAAGAAAUUCAUCUGCGAUUUCAUGUGCUUCUCGGCCAGGACGACGGCCAACCAGACCCAGGAUUUGAUCGAUUCGAAAUUGGACAGAAGGAGGAAGGGUGUUUUUGGCCCUCCAGUUUUAAAGAGGCAAAUAUUUUUCAUCGACGACUUCAACAUGCCCGCUUUGGAGGUGUACGGGGCGCAGCCACCCAUCGAGCUGAUCAGGCAGUGGAUGGACUUUGGCGGAUGGUACGACAGGAAGAACAUCGGCGAAUUCAGGACCAUAAUCGACAUCAACUUCGCCGCGGCGAUGGGUCCCCCGGGAGGCGGAAGGAAUCCCGUCACGGCGCGUCUCUUGAGGCACUUCCACUUCCUGACCUUCCUAGAAAUGGAAGAGGACAGUACUAGGAAGAUCUUCGGCACCAUCCUGCACUCGUGGAUCUCCAGGGCUGGGGGUUUGGUGAAUUACUACGAGGCAGUGCUCUCCUCUACGUUGGUCGUUUACGUCACGAUUCUGAGGGAGCUCCUGCCGACUCCGGCCAAAACGCACUACACUUUCAACUUGAGGGACCUCAGUAAAAUUUUCCAGGGUAUUCUGAUGUUUAUUCCGGAGUCUCUGAAGGACGUGAACGAACUGAUCCGACUGUGGUACCACGAGUGCUGUCGCGUCUUCCAGGACCGCCUGGUGAACGACGAGGACAGGGACUGGUUCGACUCCCUGCUGAGAGACAAGAUCCAGGAGCAUUACGAUGUGGACCCGGCGGAGGCCCUCGGAAAGGGCGCCAUCCUGUUCGGCGACUUCCUGGACCCCACCCAGGACGCCGCCCCUUACAUCCAGAUCAAGGAUUUCGCGAAACUAGAGGAAUCAUUGAACUUCUACCUGCAGGAGUACAACGCGCAGAGCACGAAACCCAUGAAGCUGGUGCUGUUCUUGGACGCGAUCUCGCACGUGUGCAGGAUAUCCAGGAUCAUCAGGCAGCCCAUGGGCAACGCCCUUCUGCUGGGAAUGGGGGGAUCAGGUCGUCAGAGUCUUACCAGACUAUCGGCGUUCAUGGCAGAGUUUGGUUGUUUCCAGAUUGUACUCAGUACAGUUUACGGUCCAACCGACUGGAGAGACGACAUGAAGAAUUUGAUGAUAGCGGCGGGACUGAAGAAGCAGGAAACGGUUUUCCUGUUCUCCGACACCCAGAUAAAAAUGGAAUCAUUCCUCGAAGACCUGAACAACAUGCUCAAUUCCGGCGACAUACCCAACAUUUACCAACCCGACGAACUGGACAAAAUCUAUCAGGGGAUGAAGGGUAUCCUGCAAGAACUCGGGCUUGCCGCGACAAAGUCCAAUUUGUUCUCGGUGUACCAAAAACAAGUGCGGUCCAAUUUGCAUUGCGUAAUCACCAUGAGUCCAAUCGGGGAAAUAUUCAGGGCCCGGCUUAGGCAAUUUCCGGCAUUGGUGAAUUGCUGCACGAUCGACUGGUUCAGUCCUUGGCCGGACUCGGCUUUGCAGUCCGUCGCCUUGCAAUUCCUCAACGACGUGGAGGACCUGAACGUCUCCGAGGAGGUGCUGGAGGGCAUCGUCAUGGUGUUCCAGUACAUGCACGCCAGCGUCGUGGAGGCCAGCGAGCUGUUCAAACAGGAACUGUCGAGGCACAACUACGUCACGCCCACCUCUUACCUGGAGCUCCUCUCCAGCUACACCGAGCUGAUGAACAAGAAGAAGGGGUCGUUGACGCAGGGCGUGGGGAGGCUCAAGACUGGAUUGGGUAAACUUCAGAGUACUGCCGAGGAGGUGAAGAUCCUCCAGGUGAACCUCACGGAAAUGAAACCCGCUCUCGAGGUAGCCGCUAAGGAAGCGGAAAUUAUGAUCGUCAAGAUAGCUGCGGAUACGGCGGUAGCUGAGGAGACCAAAGCCAUCGUGGAGAAAGAGGAAUUUGAGGCGUCUAAGAAAGCGAUGGAGACGCAGACCAUCGCGGAAGACGCCCAAAGGGAUCUGGAUGAGGCGAUGCCUGCGCUCAUGGCGGCUGAGGCGAGUUUGAAAUCCCUCAACAAAAACGACAUCACAGAGGUGCGCUCCAUGAAGCGACCACCCGCUGGCGUGGUGUACGUCAUAGAGGCCAUUUGCAUUGUUAAGAACAUCAAACCGAAUAAGGUGCCGGGUAUAAGACCCGGAGAAAAAAUUUUGGACUACUGGGAGCCCGGACGCAACAUGUUGGCUGACCCUGGGGCUUUCCUCACGUCGCUGAUGAAUUUCGACAAGGAUUCGAUAACGGAGGAGAUGAUCGAGAAGCUGAAGAAGUACGUCGAAGAUCCCCUGUUCACUCCGGCAAAAAUUGCAAAGAUAUCCAAAGCCUGCACGUCCCUGUGCAUGUGGGUGCACGCCAUGUACAAGUUCUACUUCGUUAACAAGGCGGUCGCCCCGAAGAAGGCGGCCCUCAAGCAGGCCAACGAGGACCUGGCCAAGACGGAGAGGGCCCUGGCCGCCGCCAAGGCCAAGAUGAAGGAGGUGAUGGACGGGCUCCAGAAGCUCCAGAUCCAGCUGGAGGGGAAGAUCGCCUUCAAGCAGGAGAAGGAGCAGAGCAUGGCGGUCUGCGAGGACAGGAUGAACAGGGCCGUGAGGCUGAUCAACGGCCUGUCGGGCGAGAGGGUGCGGUGGCUGCAGACCAUCGCCGACAUCGAGGCCAACGUGGUGAACGUCACCGGCGACAUCCUGAUCUGCUCGGGGUGCGUGGCUUACCUGACACCGUUCACGGACCGGUACAGGAGGAUGUUGUUCGGCAAGUGGUUGAGUCUGAUCGAGGAGAAGAAGAUACCGUUCUCGCCGAACUGUAACCCGGUGACGACGCUGGGCGAGCCGGUUCAGAUCAGGCUGUGGCAGCUGGACGGGCUCCCCAGGGACUACCUGUCUACGGAGAAUGCCGUUUUGGUGUCGUGUUCGAGGAGGUGGCCGCUGUUCAUAGACCCGCAGGGUCAGGCGAACAAGUGGGUCAAAAAUAUGGGUAAACAAAUGGGUCUGACGAUAUGCAAGCUUGCUGACAAGGACCUCAUGAGGACUAUCGAGUCGGCGAUUCGUUUUGGCAAGGCGGUUCUGAUCGAAAACGUCGGGAUGGAAUUGGAUCCCGCUUUGGAUCCGGUACUUCUCAAACAGGUUUACAUGCAGAGCGGAACUUUGGUCGUGAAGCUGGGAGACGUGGUGGUGCCCUACGACAAUAACUUUAAAUUGUUUAUAACGACUAAGCUGCCCAAUCCCCACUAUACCCCGGAAGUGUCCAUCAAAGUGCUGUUGGUUAACUUCACGCUCGUUCCAAGCGGCCUGCAAGACCAGCUGCUAGCCUUGGUGGUCAUGCAGGAACGCCCCGACCUGGAGGAGCAGCGGAGCCAGAUUGUCGUGGGCAUAGCCCAGAUGAACCACGAGCUGAAGGAGAUCCAGGACAGGAUCCUGCUGAAGCUGAGCACCUCCGAGGGGUCGCCGCUCGACGAUUUAGACUUCAUAGUAACUUUGGAGGCCUCAAAAGUGAAGAGCGAUGACAUAAAGAAUAAAGUCGAGUCUGCGGAGAUUACACAAAUUGACAUCGAUAAUACGCGAGCCCUGUACAUUCCCGUGGCAAACAGGGCCCAGAUUUUGUUCUUCUGCCUUGCCGAUUUGUCCAACAUUGAUCCAAUGUAUCAGUAUUCGUUGGAGUGGUUCGUUUCUAUUUUCAUAUCCAGCAUGGCGGAGACGGAGAAAACGGCAAUUAUCGAGGAAAGAGUGAAGAUCAUCAACGACUACUUUACGUUCAGCUUGUACAGCAACGUGUGCAGGAGCCUCUUCGAGAGGAACAAAUUGCACUUUGCCUUUCUGCUGUGCAUCCGCAUCUUAAUGGAUAGCGGCGAGAUAGACCCGCACGAGUGGCACCACUUCUUGGCCGGCGGAUCGGCUAGCAGCAUCCUGCCCAAUCCCGCCCCAACUUGGCUGUCCAGUAAAGCGUGGCAGGAGAUUUUAGCCUUGGAGUCCUUGCCCAAGUUCAAACAGUUUAUCGAUACCUUUCCCCGUUACGCGGACCACUACAAACACAUAUUCGAGAGCCUAGAGCCACAUCGCCUCCCAUUACCGCAAGAGCUGAACACCACGAUGGACGAAUUCCAGAAGAUAAUCGUCCUGAAGAGCCUGCGUCCCGACAAGGUGACCAACGCCAUGCAGGACUUCCUGUCGUUGAAGCUGGGCCAGCAGUUUAUCGAGCCCCAGUCUUCGGAUCUGUCGGCGAUGUUCAAAGAGUCCGGACCGACGAUACCGCUCAUCUUUGUCCUCUCCACCGGUACGGAUCCCGCGGCGGAGCUGUACAAGUUCGCGGAUCGGAUGAAGUUCUCCAAGAGGAUGUUCUCCAUUUCCCUGGGACAGGGGCAGGGCCCCAUGGCCGAGAAGCUGAUACAGAGCGGGUCCGAGGUCGGGUCUUGGGUUUUCUUUCAGAACUGCCACCUGGCCCCAAGCUGGAUGCCCCGCCUGGAGCGCAUAAUAGAGUCCAUCCCGCCGGAGGCGGUCCACCGAGACUUCCGGCUCUGGCUCACGUCCACCCCCUCGCCUCACUUCCCCGUCGCCAUCCUGCAGAACGGCAGCAAGAUGACCAUCGAACCCCCAUCGGGCAUAAAAGCCAACAUGAUGCGCGCCUACCGGAACCAGGUAUCGGACCUGGCGGAUUUCAUACAGUCGGAACACCCCAAGGCGGCGAAAUUCAAGCUGCUGGUCUUCUCCCUGUGCCUCUUCCACGGGGUCGUGCUGGAACGGAGGAAAUUCGGACCGCUCGGCUUCAACAUUCCCUACGAGUUUACCGACGGGGAUUUAAAGAUUUGCAUAUCUCAGCUGCACAUGUUCCUGUUGGAGUACGUGGAGAUCCCGUUCAAGGUGCUGACGUACACGGCGGGUCACAUCAAUUACAGCGGCAGGGUGACGGACGAUUGGGACAGGAGGUGUCUGAUGAACGUCCUCGCGGACUAUUAUAAGAUGGAGGUGGUCGAUCCCAACUACGUGUUCGAUAAAGACGGAAGUUACCGACAGUCACCCACAGACACCGUAUUCCUCGACUACCUCGAGUACAUAAAGACCUUCCCCAUAAACGACGAUCCGGAACUGUUCGGCUUGCACCCGAACGCGGACAUAACGUUUGCCCAGUCGCAGACGUACGCUUGCCUGUCGACGUUGCUCAAAUUGCAACCGAAGCAAGUCGGCGGCGCCGCGGCCAGCCAGGAGGAUGUCACGGCGUCUUCGGCCAGAACUAUUCUAGCGCAGAUGCCGCCACUUUUCAAUUUAGAGCUAAUCUCCAAAAAAUAUCCCGUGAAGUACGAGGAAUCCUUAAACACCGUCAUAAUCCAAGAAGCCAUCAGGUACAACAAACUGCUCACCGUUAUAAAGUUCACCUUGAACGAGUUACUGAGAGCCUUGAAGGGUUUGGUUGUUAUGUCGGAAGCUCUGGAGAGGAUGACGUCGAGCUUGUUUAGCAAUAUAGUCCCGGCUUUAUGGGCUAGCAAGGCGUAUCCGUCACUAAAACCUCUAGCCGCGUGGGUGACGGAUCUGAAAGCGAGGGUGACGUUCCUCAACAAGUGGGUGGACAGCGGCAUACCGCCAGUGUUUUGGAUAUCGGGGUUCUACUUCCCCCAGGCCUUCCUGACGGGCACCUUGCAAAAUUUCGCCCGGAAAUACAUCAUGUCGAUCGAUAGCAUCAAUUUUGGUUUUCAGGUUUUGCCUACGUCGCCCACUGAAAGACCCAAGGACGGGUGUUGCAUUUACGGGCUGUUCCUAGAGGGCGCGAGGUGGAAUUACAACAAAGCCAUACUGGACGAAUCCAACCCCAAGGAGCUGUACACAAAUAUGCCGGUGGUGUGGUUGAUACCCGAGGAGAGUCAUAAGAAACCGGAAGGCACUUACGAGUGCCCGGUUUACAAAACUCUAACGAGAGCGGGGACGCUUUCGACGACGGGGCAUUCUACGAAUUACGUUUUAGCCAUCGAGGUGCCGACGGAAAAGUCGGAGCCUCACUGGAUAAAGCGCGGGGUUGCUUUAAUAUGUGCCUUAGAUUAUUAG